AUGAAAGGUACUAAGUGUAUAACAGCCAAGAGACCCGAUGAACAGAACCGCGAGUCUCCGCGAGUGGAUUCUGCGGGUGGAGGAUUCGGAAAGUGGCUGAAAGAACACUUGAAAGGGUCAUCCGGAAAAAAUACUUGCGUCCAAGACAACAAUAACGUUGAUAACUCAAGCGCCCUAUCGACGCCUCUAAAAACGCGUGGGUUGAGUGGCAACGGGGAAAAAGUAAUAUCACGGGGAAUUUACACGCCGCAAAACGUCUAUUGUAGUUUGCCACGUGAACACAGAAGGCAUUCUCAUGAUUCUGGAAAAAGCAAUAACGAGCCGUCUGCAAGAGAACGAUCAUCACGCUCGGGCAGUUGUCAUCCACGGGAAAAAAGUCACCGGGAUGGUACCGGUAUCGCGAGGGGAGGUGUCUAUGGCAGCGAGGGAAAAAGUUAUAGGAGAAAAAACCGUGAAAAAAGACGACACUCUAUGAAUGAGACUCGUGAACAUCGGAGUCAUCGUCGUAAAAGCAUGAGCCAUAGAAAGAAGGGGGAGUUUAAGUUGGUGAGGGAGAGGCUGGUUAUAUCAGAGAAUUAA